AUGGACGAUCCUGCUGCUCAGCCUCCUGUGGUUGCUGCUGCUCAGGCUCAGGCUCAGGCUCAGGAUAUCACGCCCUUGGUUAAUUGGGUCCCAGUGUUUGAACGAAGCAAAGCAUCGGUCUUCCUCAUCCAGUUUACACCAGUAAGACGUCGGGUGAAUGAAGCCCGGGUUAUCGCUGGGGCAGCCGGCUCCAAGACUCGAGAGCAGCUGAACGCAAUUUUCGCAUCACGGUGGCUAACAGAAACUGGCAUCUCCUCGCACAUAGAUGGCGCCUACCUCUACAUUCUCACCACCGCACACAUUGUGGAUCAUCUGUUCCAUGCCGUCUACAGGCCAAUUGAUCCAGCCACGGUGAACCGGCUCUUUACAAUCGAGGUCACAUGUUUCCAUGCCGAGAGAGACUUCGCAGUUAAUAGGAACAUGGUCGGGGAUCGCACCUACACGCCGGCGACGGUCUGCGGGAUUGACUGCCUGAGGGAUUUGAUGAUGCUGCGCGUCGAUCGGGCAGAGCUGGCCGUGAGGGGCGUCGGGCAGCAGAGGGUGCAAUGCACACGGCAGCACCCGGUUCUGCAGUUUGACGGAACACGCGAGUUUGGCAUGCAGUGCAUGCUCGUUUCGUGGCCUGCCUUCCGUCCCUGCACCUUCGCCACGGGCCUUCAGUGCCUCCACCGGUUUCUGACUGGCAUGAGCACCAACCCAGUUGGGUAUGAUAUGGAGCUGCUCGAGGCUUACAUUGGAUCCGAUCAGGGGUCCUCGGGAGGCCCUCUCUUCAACGCCGCUGGCCAGGUAAAGGGUAUUCUACACGGAGGGAGUGGGACGCACUCACAGUUCAUUUUGCCCGGAGAUAUUCUACCUUUCAUCCAGAACAAUGCCCCCCCUCAGCCACCUUCAACGUCAUCUUCAUCUCCCCGGGGUCACAGAGGAGGAGAAGGAGGAGGUGGUCCCAAGCGCGGUCCUAACAAAGAUGACAAGUCGGGUCCAUCAGAUCCUCCAAAGCGCCGUCGGAGUGUCCGUGACAAGGGCAAGGCCACCGCUGCAUGGGGAUCCGGCCGGCGGAGGUACACGCUCAGAUCCCACGGCAAGGGCAUGGCCGUUGGUGCAGGUGGAUCCGGCCAGAAGUAUCUGCUUAGACCCCGCUCAUGA